AUGUUCAGUUGCAGUCGCAACAUCAUUUCAAAGCUGCAGAAUCCAGCUCUCUGUGUAUUGUCGUUUCAGCUUAAUGUCAUGAAGGGUGUUAGCAGCUCUGAAGAUGUUAAACCUCUGCCGGGCCCACAAAGGAUGGGAACAAGUCCAGAAUCUCUGACCAAGCACAUCUGCACAAUUUGUGGGGACAGGUCAUCAGGAAAACACUAUAGGGUAUACAGCUGUGAAGGCGGCAAAGGUUUCUUCAAGCAGACAAUAAGGAAGGAUCUGAUCUACACAUGCCGUGAUAACAAGGACUGCCUGAUAUACAAGCAUCAGCAGAAUCGCUGCCAGUAUUGCCGCUAUCAGAAAUGCUUGGCAAUGGGCAUGAAGAAAGAAGCGGUUCAAGAGGAAAGGCAGAGAAGCAGAGAGCGGAGUGAAAAUGAAGCUGAAUCUGCAAGCAGCAGUAGUGGCAGCAAUGAAGACAUGCCCGUGGAGAGGAUUUUAGAAGCUGAAAUGGCUGUUGAGUCAAAAAUGGAAUCUUUUGGUGAUGUGAGUGCUGACAACUCGACCAAUGAUCCUGUCACCAAUAUAUGCCAUGUGGCUGACAAGCAGCUCUUCACGUUGGUGGAAUGGGCCAAGCAGAUCCCACACUUCUCAGACCUAACACUGGAAGACCAAGUUAUCCUCCUCUGGUUUGCUAAACUCCUCCUGAGGCUGCCUGCACUGCGAUCUAUUGGUCUGAAAUGCCUGGAGCACCUCUUCUUCUUCAAGUUGAUUGGUGACACCCCCAUUGAUACCUUUCUCAUGGAAAUGCUGGAGACUCCACUGCAGAUUACUUGACCCUCAGAUGAUGGGUUGAAGAGGUGUAGAAAGGAGAGAUGAGAUAGAGAGAAUGGAUGAAUGCUACUGAUGGUUUCCACUUAGGUUGGAAUGACCCUGGAGUGCCCAUUCCCAUUCUUCUUCAGUGUGGGGGAUGAAAGUGUCUUUAUUAGCUUUCAGAAGAUGGGAUUUUGUACAGAAGUGAAUGUGUUUCUUUUACCCCUAACUGGCAGCAAAGCGGGGCCGGGCAUCCUGUAGCUUGUUGGUAACAAACUGUGCCACCUUUACAAAUCAUCAAGUUUAAAAUAUUUUUUCACUUCCAAUAAAA